CGCCCGUAAAGGACAUGCAGGAUCGAUAGCAUUUGUUCCUUCGGGAGCUUACAACGGUCUCCCAGACGUUGCCUUGCAUCACGUCUACGCAAAUGGACUUCAACCUCCUCUCUUCUCUCUAUCGACAACUUUUCUUCGAAGAGGGCAUAGCAAGUACGCUAAAGCAAGACAGGGGAAGAUGGAUGCAGUUUCAAACACAUCUUUUAGAGGGAACGGGACAGAGGGGGAUUUUAAGGGAGGAUAUGGUCUUGGGGAGACUAUUGCUAUUUCCGUCACCAUCAUCGCCAUCAUAGUCAUGACGAUUCUGGGAAACUUACUGGUCUGCACGGCCGUUUUCAUGGAGCGGUCCUUGAGGCGGGUCCAGAACUGGUUCAUCGCUUCGCUGGCCGUCAGCGACCUGUCCGUAGGGCUGGUCAUCAUGCCGCCGGCCCUGGUGAAAGAGCUGAUGGGGUACUGGUACUUCGGACGGGUGAUGUGCGAGGUGUUCCUGGCCCUGGAUGUCUUCGCCUGCACCGCCUCUAUCCUGAACCUCUGCAUGAUCAGCGUGGACCGGUACUGGUCCGUCACACAGGCCGUGCAGUACUUCAAGAACACCAACUCCAAACGUGCCGGCUGUAUGAUCGCCGCCGCCUGGGUCCUGUCCGCAGUCAUCUCUCUCCCGCCGCUGGUCGGCUGGAAAACCAAGAGUCCGUCAGGAGAUGAAGAAUAUCCACAGUGUGAGUACAGCGAUAGUCCUGGCUAUGUGUUGUACUCAACUAUGGGGUCUUUCUACAUCCCUCUCGCUGUCGUAGUAUUUAUGAACGUUCGCAUUUUUAGUUUAGCGUUGAAGAGAGUGAAAAAGCAUCCUUCGUCAAGACCAGUAGCUACCAGACACAAACCCGAAGCUGUGAGCGUUAACAUAGCCCCGAUCGCAUUAAAGUCUAUAUUGAAGAAAUCAAAUGCAAAGCCAAAGAAGGACACUCCAAAAAUGACAGAAAGUCCAAUCGGCGUCGAUUCAAAUAAACCAUGCAUUAAGGUAACGUCUGAUCAAGAGGACCAACAAUGCGCAUCGGAAGAACAGGCAAACGGGAAUGUUGGAUGUGAAAACGGCCUGGUUGUUCCUGACGGGGGAUCAGCAACACGCCGUACUAGGAGAGUGAAGGUAGGGCCUGUUUUUGUAGAGGAAAUAACGUGUCACGAGGCAGGGUCAUGCCCACCCCGCGUGGAGUCGGACAUUGGGACCGGUGUGCCGUCUGAAUUCGACCCAACUUCCGUGGGACUUGACACCGCCGACGGGCCGGGAGACUUUACUUCAAGGCCCGACCAGAUCCGGAGAAAGCUUCGGCAAUCCCGCGAAAGGCGGCUGACUGUGGUCAUAGGUAUCGUGAUGGGGGUGUUCGUAAUUUGCUGGGUACCUUUCUUUGUUUCUUACGUUGUUGUGACGGUUUGUAGCACUUGCUCCUUAGACCCUGUCCCGUUUAGUGUAUUUGUAUGGCUGGGAUAUUGUAACAGUGCUCUGAACCCGGCGAUUUAUACUGUGUUUAACAGAGACUUUAGAAAAGCUUUCCGGAAAGUCAUAUUUGGACGCAUACUCCGUCAAUCAAAAUGCGAGCAGAGCUCGUUUGUCUAACGUAGAAGCGGAUGUAAGGUUACAGCGUGAAGAGGUUUCAUGAUUAGACGGGAUAACGAUCAAAUGAUAUAUCAUAGCACAGAUAUGAUUCAACGAUUAUCUGGCUCAGGUUAGCCUAGAAAAGGAAUUUGCUCUCAAUCUAAUUAUAAAGACGAAAUCAAUUGUGAAUGUAUUUUUUCAAGCAGUGAAUGGUCAUCUAUUUUCCCACAAAAUAGUGCUUGCGUCGAUUUUGUAGCAAGUCAGAAAAAUAUUCAUGAUCAGAUAUAUUGUGGAUAAUUGUAUGCAAACUAUAGCAGGCAGAUAUUCGAAGCAGUAAUACAAACUCAAGACUUGUAACAAUGAAAUAACUAACGAAGAAUUACGCCAAGUGCAGGUUUGGCCAAGCAGUAUAAACAUAUUCCAUUCUACUGUUCAUCUAUUAUCUAUACAGCA